CAGGUGCACGUAGCCCGCUGAUUUUCUGUGUUGUUGCUACGUCGGAGUAUUCAUCCGAAACUCACCGGCUGAAUGCCAAUUUGCUUACCGGCACUAGUACACUGUACAUGUAAUAGUAAAAGGGGGAAAAUCUAUUGUGAAGUCGUAACUACUAGCUGUCGCGUAUGCCGGCUGUUGUUAGUCAUUCCUGCCGGUGAUCAGACUGUCUGAGGCAGGAUUCCCCUGAAGUUUCUGCAAUUGCCCUUUCAAUACCAAUUCCACAGUAGUGCAUGCUCGUGAGCCCGAGUGCCCGCGAGGAUUAGUACCCCUUUACAUCCAUGCCCCCUAUGGGCAAUAGCGCGUCUGCCGGUAAGAAGAAAAGGCAACAGCAGCAAGCGAAAGGCAAGUCACCGCGGGGAAAAACUACACAGUCACCAUCGGAGCAAAAACCAACCCACCAGCACCCAUCAAGUCAACCGACAUCCAGCCAACCAACCAACGCCAAAAUGGCCGACCGUCAAGCUGAAUUAGAAGCUGAAAAGAAUCGCCAGGAGGGUCUGAGCAUCAUCCAGGGGACGAUGAACGAGGCUUGUGGUGACGAUCUUCACAUCUUCAUCAUCCUCGGUGCAUCGGGUGACCUUGCAAAGAAGAAGAUUUACCCCACGCUGUGGUGGCUAUAUAAAGAUGGUUUGCUGCCGAAAAAGACCUUGUUUGUUGGGUUUGCCCGUUCGGUUCUCUCCAUUGGCGACAUCAAAUCAAGAACUACUCCAUAUUUAAAGCUGAAAGAUGGUGAAGCCGAUAAGCUGGAGAAGUUCUUUGCCGCCAACCGCUACGUGAAGGGGUCGUACACGGAUGACUCGGCCUUUGAAAACCUCAACGAGGUCCUGACUGGACUAGAAGGAAGCUGCAAGGCCAACAGGCUGUUCUACCUGGCCCUACCGCCCAGCGUCUUCAAGGAUGUCACCAAGCACAUCAAGACCCACUGCAUGUCCCCCACGGGCUGGUCUCGUGUGAUUGUUGAGAAGCCUUUUGGCCGUGAUCUGGAGUCCUCUAAUGAAUUGUCCAAUCACCUGAAGGCGCUGUUUAGUGAGGAGCAGCUGUACCGUAUUGAUCACUACCUGGGCAAGGAGAUGGUGCAGAAUAUUAUGAUUCUCAGGUUUGGCAACCGGCUGUUUGGUCCUGUCUGGAAUCGUGACAGCAUCGCCAGUGUGAUCAUUACCUUCAAGGAGCCAAUAGGCACGGGUGGACGAGGGGGCUACUUUGAUGAGUUUGGCAUCAUUAGGGACGUGAUGCAGAAUCAUUUGUUCCAGAUUUUGACGUUGGUUGCCAUGGAGAAGCCCACCAGUUCUAGCGCUGAUGAUAUGCGCGAUGAAAAGGUGAAAGUCAGCAAGUGCAUCCCACCCUUGAAGCUGGAGGACAUGGUCCUGGGGCAGUACGUGGGCAACCCGGACGGAGAGGGGGAGGCUAAGGAAGGCUACCUGGAGGACCCUACAGUGCCCAGAGGGUCUGUUACGCCCACAUUUGCUGCGGCUGUCUUCAGAAUCAACAAUGAACGAUGGGAUGGUGUUCCUUUUAUUCUGAAAUGUGGCAAAGCCCUCAACGAGCGCAAAGCUGAGGUUCGAAUCCAGUUCAAGGAUGUUCCCGGGGACAUCUUCUCGGGUGACUGCAAGCGUAACGAGCUGGUGAUCCGUGUGCAGCCCAACGAAGCUGUCUACUGCAAGAUGAUGACCAAAUCGCCAGGAAUGUCCUUUGUUCCUAAGGAGACAGAAUUGGAUCUCACCUAUGGAGCCAGAUACAAGGAUGUGAAGAUGCCUGACGCCUAUGAGCGCCUUAUCCUAGAUGUGUUCUGUGGUCUGCAGAUCCACUUUGUACGCAGUGAUGAGUUGAGGGAGGCCUGGCGUAUCUUCACACCUGUCCUGAAUGAAAUUGAGAAGGCCAAGCCUAAACCAAUCGAAUACGUCUUCGGCAGUCGAGGCCCCCCAGAGGCAGACAAACUGCUGGAGAAGAACAACUUCAAAUUCACGGGAACCUACAAGUGGACCAACCCCAACCUGUAGGAUCUACCGUAGAGCUGCAUCAUCCGUAACUGGAAGAUUUGCACAUCACCAAUUUUCACCUCUGUAGCUGCCCUUUCAAACUAGUAACUGUUUUUCUCUCAAACUUGGACGGCCCAACUUAAGAACUUGGUGGAGCUGCCAAGCGUGAAAUGUUGCUCUGCAUGGUUAUGCUAAGCAUGAAUCAGCUGGGAGCCAGUCGUAAGCAGAAUAUAAUUACUUAACAUUUUAGCUACUGGGUAGUAUUUUUUUUAUAAGCAACUAUUUCGGUGCUUGGUAGCACCAUGUACUUGGCACCAGGCCCCAGUUAGCCUUCGAUACCUGCCUCAGGCUGAUGUACAUUAUCAUCUAUCCUGGUGGUUGGUCAUAACUUUCCAACAUAUCUUAUUUAUAUGCGGACUUGUAAAUCUAUCAUAGUUAACUUUAAGCAUACUUUAAAAAUAUGAUGUGUAACAUGAGCCAACAAAAUGGCUUUCUGUCGAAGUAUCCCACUCAGGUCUGCUGUCUUUAACUUUAUUAAACAUGGUCGUGUGACCUCUGUUCGCUUUGACCCGUGUUUGUCUUUACAGAGACCAAGUUUCAGCACAAGUUUCCAUAGGAAAACUGACUUUCCUGUUGAUUAUCCUCUCUGCUUUGCUGUUGAAGUUGUGAUUACAUUGUAAUUUCUAUUCUUUGCUGUUUAGCCAAUGCAUGCAUUAUGGGUGCUAGUUGCUGCAUUGGAUGUUUUGAUCAUCAUUGAUUUAAGUUUGGUAGAUAAUAUGGUGACGCUAUGUCUGCAAGUUUUUUCAAAGCCACAGACUUCUCUGAACAUGUGUACAUUUUUUAUCAAGGAAACAAGUAAGAAAAUUCAACAAAAACAGCUUUCCUGUAAUGCAACUCCUGAGGCUUAAUGGCUGUGUGCAGGAAGUGUAGAGGGCGAUGUUUAGUUACAAACUGUGGCGUCAUUUGCCCAUACACUGCCAUGUAUUGUUGCAGUGCCUUUGUAAGUUGGCCAACAUUUAAUGUUAAAAGUCUGCAAAAGCACUCCGUUACUUGUUCCUUUACCCACCCUCCAACGAAAGGACAUCUUACAAGUUGAAGUUUUAAAACCUUACACCUCGUCUGUUUUCACAAAUCAGACAUCCUGUAUUGGUUGAUGCUAGUCUGGCUCUUUUGUACUGCAGAUCAAUGGCGUUGAUCACUUCUGAAAAAUGUUUGAUGGAGGGGAACAUUGGACCCUGGGAAGAGUGUGAGCCUAUAGUACAAAUCCUAAACAGAGUGGGGUCGGUGGCUCGAUUGAUCAAGGUCCUGGAAAGUUUAGGAUUCUAAAUGCUCUCUGGCGCAAUCUGAGACAAUUUCUGACCAGUUGAUUGAUUUUUUGAGCAAAAGCUUUUGCCAGAGUUCUUAUUCCAUAGUUUGGAGGCAUAAUGAGCCACAUGUAUUAUGAGUUGUAGAAUCAAAUGUAGGCCCACAAUAUUUAUCCAGCAAUAAAACAAAUGGGGGGGAGUGGCCAACAAUAUGAUAUUCUCCCAUUUAAAUUUUUUUGGGGGGGAUUCUCCCUUUCCCCCACUGAUUUAUGCCCAAGUUGCCAUAAAUGUAACACUUGUUUCAAUUUCAGAUCGAUCUAAGGGCAUUCAUUUUUGGUUAUUUUGAUCAAACAGCCCUCUAAACUUUAGUGAUUCUGAAAUAAUGGUGGAAGAUCACAUUCUCUUUUUGGAAAAUAUAUUUUCUUUUUGCAGUCAUUUGUGCAGUCCGUAACAGAAACACUAUACAUUUAGUUGAAGACAUUAAAUGUUUUAAAUUUGAAUACCUACAUAUAUAGGUCGACAAAAUAUUUUUUAUACCUUAAGUAAAUGGUGCAUUUUGUUUGUAAAAUCACUUGGAGUGUGAUACACAGUUUGUAUAUUUACGUGUGGGUUCUAGCCUGUUGGGGCCUUCUUGGUUGGAGCCUAUUCUUUCCCCAGUUUACUGAGGAUAGUUGCGAGACGUUUUUACAAAGCAUUCAAAUAAUGCGAUUCAAAAUUGGCUUUGAGUUGCUUAACAAAAUGUCUCAUCAAAUGGGCAAUACAUAAAGCAGAUGAUAACAUGUCAAAUAUUUUAUACAGACUGUUUCGAAGAAGCCCCACGGUAGAGAAGUAGUGAGUUUAUUUCUAAAACGUAGCUUUGGUUCUCGUGCAUAUGAAACAUCUUUUUGUUUCAUCAGAACUUUGUCUUUUACUGCUUGUCUGUUGAUUUGCACGUAAAUUCUUAAACUUUAAAUGUGAAAAAGUUUACCGGUUUUAUAUCGCGCAUUAAAUAUAGUAUAUUGAUCUAUAAAUGAGUUUCUAAAAGCUAAAAAUGUACAAUUAUCAUAUGCUUCAAAGUUGAAAUAAAGACUACUUGACACUAAACAGAACUUGGA